UUCUCCUCCGUUUGCCCCUUGCUUCCUCAGUGUUAACGCAAAGCCUCCAUUUCUCUUCCUCCCCCCUUCUCCUCCUCCUCUCUCUCUCUCUAUACGCACACACACACACACACAUAUAUAUAUAUAUAUAUAAUCUCCUUCUAGAGUUCUUUCUCUCUCUGCAUCCUUCUCUUGUCUUUGUUCGUCUGGUGAUCGGUACGAGAAGAAGAAGUAGGAGUAGAGGGAGCCUGUAAUCUUUGUUUUCUCUUUCGUUCUAUCGGAAUAUGAGGGAGGAGGACUGAACCAAUCCUAGAAUCUGAAAAUAAUCGUAGAUCGGAAUCGCAAAUCCCAUCGUUGCUGAAACCCCGAACCGGAUUUUCUCUUGGGUAUAAUGAUGAGGUAUCAGAGAGUAAGCCCAGAUUGCCUUCCCCUCACCAAUGGCAAGAAGCCCUACCUGAGACCUUCUCCUUCACGAGCAUCAUCGAAGGAGGACGCCAUAGCCGACAACGGAACAGCCUCCGCCACAUCGACCGGCGGAGGAAUCAACGGCGCAUGCACGAGCACCAGCUCCGCCUUCGACGGGGUUUCCAAAGGAUUCCGAUUCAGAUCCCAACAAGAUCCUCGCGACCCUAACCACACCUCUGGUCCUGGUCCCAGCCCCAGCCGCGGCGGCGGAGAUGUGCUGCUGCAGUGGGGACAGCGGAAGCGGUCGAGGGUCUCUCGGGCUGAGAUCCGAUCCGCCGCCGCCGAUGAUUCGUCGUCGUCGUCGGGACAAGGAAGGACGAUGUCGUCGAACAAACUACAGAGAAGAUCGGCGAACCCGGCAAUGCCGCCGCCGCCACCGCCUCCUCCGCUUCUCUCCGGCGUAUCCUCCGGUCGGACUACGAAUCCCAGAAACGGCCUCGUCUCAAGCAAGGAAUCAUCUGGGCUCAUCCCUGCCAGGAAUUUAGAAGACAGAUCCGCCGCCAACGGUUCGCCGUCCAGAAACGUCGGCGGUCGCGCGGUGUCCAGAUCGGUCGCGGCAGCGGCAGCGGCGGGUGCUAAGAGAUCUCCGCCGUCUCCGGACAAGACUGAGAAGAAGACAAACGGCAAGGAUUAUCAGAACCAGAGACAAAACGGGUUUGAUCCUAACCAUAAUCACCACCACCAUCAACGCGGGAACAGAUCCGAAUCAACGGCUCAGGUUCAAUUGGAUCACGAAACGAACAACAACAAUGGCGAGAAAACGGGGCUAGUGGAGGUGAUAGAGUGGCCCAGGAUUUACAUUGCCUUGUCUAGGAAGGAGAAGGAAGAAGAUUUCUUAGCGAUGAAGGGAACAAAGCUCCCACAUCGGCCCCGGAAACGAGCGAAGAACAUUGAUAAAGCCCUUCAGUAUUGUUUUCCAGGGAUGUGGCUGUCUGACUUGACCAAGAGCCGGUAUGAAGUUAGAGAGAAGAAAAGCGUGAAGAAGCAACAGAAACGAAGGGGUUUGAAAGGCAUGGAGAGUUUGGACACCGACUCCGAGUAGAUGAUGAUCCAUGACCAUGACCCUGCAAUGGCACUUUUGGCUUAACCUUGUGACUGAUGUUUCUUUCAUGUACGCACGUGCGAGGAGGGAGAAGGGGGAAAUUGUCAAUUUUCUUUGUUAUAUAUAUAUAUAUUCUCUUGAUCUUGUUGAAUUUUAGUUUCCAUUUUUCAAUUUGUUGAUCAUAUAAUUUUUCUCCUUUUAUAGCAUAUACUAUAAUAUCUUACAA